AGUGUGGAGUCAGUGGAGUGGGCCGGGGGAGAGAGUAGGAGAAGGAGCAGGCAGGCGAGCGAGCAACUUAGACAGAAGACAGCCAUGACCCAUUAUUGGCGGAGCCUCCUCCGAUGAGCAGCACCGCGGGCCGUCGACGCUGUCCGCCCGCCGCCGCCGACUGCAUGAGCCUCUAGACUCGUAGGCCUUCGGCAUGGCGGCCGAACCGAAGCUGCUGCCGCUGCUGCUGGUGCUGGCGGCGGCCGUGGCCGCCGCAGCCGCCUCCGACCGCCCCCUGUGCGACGGUGGCCUCUGCAGGUGCAAGCCCGAGAGCAAGCAGGUCGUGUGCCGAUCCGCCGCCCUGGACCGCGUGCCAUCGGCAGCCGUCAUCGCACGCGUGCCAGCCGUCAAGAAGCUGGACCUGACUGGGAACAACAUCACUUAUGUGGCCACGGGGGACAUGGAGGGACUCAACACCCUCGAGGAACUGAAUCUCCGGAAGAACCACCUUUGGGAAAUAGAAGUGGGUGCCUUUGCGGGGCUAGAAAACUUGAAAAUCUUAGAUUUGGAUGAUAAUUACUUAACUGAGAUCCCGCAGGCCGUCGUGGGGCUUCCACUUUUAAAGCAUUUAUCUCUGUCAAACAAUAAGAUUAAAGUAAUCCCACACGGCAUACUGCAGAAAUUACCUCGGCUGCUAGUGCUAGAACUGAGAGGCAACCCCAUGACCUUCCUUCACCCUGAUGCAUUUGUUGGACUGACGUUCAUGAGAAAACUAAUUCUGUCUGAUGCACGAAAUCUGACCAUUUUCCCCAAUUUAAACGGGAGCAGCAGCUUAGAAAUCUUGACCAUCGAGAGAGCCUCUUUGCAAGAAGUACCUUCGAAUCUGUGUGCCCUUACUCCUAAGUUGAAAUCUUUGGACUUGAGCUCGAACGAGUUGUCGCGAAUCCCAGACCUUAGUGAGUGCAAAGAGCUCAGAAUUUUGGAGCUCUCUAAGAACCAGAUCGAAACUGUCGAAUCUCAUCCAUUUUCCGCCCUGUCGCAGCUUCACGACUUGCUGUUGUCGCGCAACAAAAUCAAACACGUGCCGCAAGAAGCGUUCAAAGGACUGUCAAAACUGCAAGUUUUGGAUCUGGAGGGGAACGGCAUUGAGAGCAUUCAUCCCGAAACAUUCAUUCCAUUAACCACUCUAGAGGACCUAAACUUGGGCAACAACCAAUUCUCUCAUUUGCCCGAGCAAGGGCUUAGCAACCUCUUGCACCUGAAGACCUUCAACAACCCCAACCUGAGGGAGUUCCCCGGUCCUCAGCAUUUCCCUCGCAUUUUGACCCUGGUGCUCUCGUACGCUUACCACUGUUGUGCAUUUCAACCUCCGGACGAGGAAGACGCAGACUCAUUGGACCAAAAUAAACUCGUCUUCGAUGACACAGUCAUCUUUCCCGGUUCUGGCUCCAAUUUUGACCUCGGCCUUUGGAAUUCGAGCGAUUCGGAGCUCUGGCCUAAACUGAGAAACCUGACGGACAAAUUUGGGCCCGACAUUGCCAAGAUUCUCGAGUCCUUUGGCCCGGAUGUAACAUACCCUAGCAACCUGCCAGCCUACAUGGAGGAGUACUACGAAGAACACGUAGGUGCCAAACGACACGGUCGAGUUCAUUGUCUUCCAUUACCAGGGCCGUUUUUGCCCUGCCAUGAUUUAUUCGACUGGUGGACGUUGCGAUGCGGCGUGUGGAUUGUCUUUUUGCUCGCCAUGCUUGGCAACGGCACCGUAGUUUUUGUGCUCACAUUCUCCCGCAGCAAAAUGGACGUGCCAAGAUUCCUCGUCUGCAACCUGGCCAUGGCUGACUUUUUUAUGGGCAUUUAUCUCGGCUUUUUGGCGGUGGUGGAUGCAUCAACACUCGGCGAAUUUCGCAAGUACGCCAUCCCGUGGCAAAUGUCGGUCGGCUGCCAGUUGGCCGGCUUCCUCGGUGUGCUCAGCUGCGAGCUGUCCGUCUACACGUUGGCCGUGAUCACCCUGGAGAGGAACUACGCCAUCACGCACGCCAUGCACCUGAACAAGCGACUCUCCCUGAAGCACGCCGGCUACAUAAUGCUGGGCGGAUGGACCUUCUCCCUCUCCAUGGCCAUCCUGCCACUCAUCGGCAUCUCCGACUAUCGCAAAUUCGCAGUCUGCCUGCCCUUCGAGACCAUGGGCACCGCGUCGCUGUCCUAUGUUGUUUUCCUCAUGUUCAUCAACGGUGUUGCUUUUCUCAUCCUCAUGGGGUGCUACCUCAAGAUGUACUGUGCCAUCAGGGGAUCACAGGCCUGGAACUCGAACGACUCUCGUAUCGCCAAGCGAAUGGCCUUGCUGGUGUUCACCGACUUCAUCUGCUGGUCUCCGAUCGCCUUCUUCUCGCUGACGGCGGCGUUCGGCCUGCAGCUGAUCUCGCUGGAGCAGGCCAAGGUGUUCACGGUGUUCGUGCUGCCGCUGAACUCGUGCUGCAACCCGUUCCUCUACGCCAUCCUGACGAAGCAGUUCAAGAAGGACUGCGUGCUCAUCUGCAAGGCGAUCGAGGAGUCGCGCGUGACCAGAGGCAUCGGCCGGUGCAGGCACAGCUCCAACUUCAGCAACCGCCAGACGCCGGCCAACACCAACAGCCUGGUCGACCGCUCGUCCCGCGAGCACGCUCCGUGCGCCUGCUCCGCCAUGAACAUCGCGUCGCCCACGGCCAAGCUGCUCGCCCAGAAUCCGCGCAUGCAGCGCAUCGAGAUAGCCUCGCCCAACAGAAAUGCACCUGCAAGGAUGUGGAUCAUGGACAAGGUGUCCUGGUUCCUGUGCCACAAAGACGUGCCACUGGAGAGGAACGACCAAUACGCAUACCAGAUCGCAGAAAUCCAACAGAAGCAGCACAAACGUGCGUCAUCAGUCUCAAGCGAAAACUUCAGCUCGUCGAGGUCGGACUCGUGGCGCAACGCUCACCACAGGUGCGGAAUCCCGCUGCGCUUGCUCGACCCGAAACGCAGAUCGUCCUGGGCAGUAACUCGGAAGACCUCACAAGAGUCGAACCUGUCAAGCUCCCGGAACGAUUCUGCCACGUCGGCGUCGACGUCAACGUGGCGCAUGUCGCGCUCGUCGGCGUCGGGAAGCGAGUCAUACGUGGUGCCGAAAAACCGGGCCGCGUCUGCGUCGUCGGCGGCCGCACAUCCGUCCCCCCUGCAGCCACUGCUGCCGGUGGCGAGCGGCGGCGGCGCCGAGCCGGUGGUGGUGCCGUGCAAGGCCAAGCCGCGGCUCACCAGGCAGAGCGCCGUGUCGCACCCCGAGCUGGGCGACGAGCCGGCGCCCCGCGGCCUGCUGGUGCGCCACCUGGCCACCAUUCCUUCGGCCGCGGAGAGCACAGAGGUCGGUGGCGCCGGCGCUGACUUUGCCAGCGCCGUUUCUACCUCAACAAACAGUCAGCUGGAGCCUAGUCACAAAGAAUCAGUUAAGGACGACAGCAUUGUUUAAUUUUUACCUUACUAUAUACACACAAAGUAAACAAAUUAUUGAGUGUAAGAAGGCUGGGCUUGUUUGAAGCCCGCAUACCUUCAGAAUUUAGAAGCAUUUUUUUGCAUCAGAAUGAAAUUAAAUUUGAAUAAAUUGCUGGUAAAAAUUUUCUGAUUAAGCUUAAAUUUUUUGUCUUAUCGUGAUGAGAUAAGGUUUUUAAGACUAUUUGAUUCAUAUUUUAUUUUUAACUUUCCGUUUCUUGUUUUUUUUUAUGUGGUUCAAGUAGUUAAAAGUUCAUCGAAAAUCAUUUUGGUGAACCCAUUUAAUAGCUAAGUUAUAUAUUGUUGACAUUUUAAGCGGAUGACAAUUAUUGUGUAAUUUAAAAAUUUUAUAUUGUAUAUUAUCACAGGCCUGAUUAUGUCUGUAGUGUAAAUAUCAAGUUCGUGUAUUGAAAACUAAAAAUCGAUUCGUUUUUUCCAGGGGAAUUUUUGGAACAAAUACGAUCACAAUUCAAUAAAAAUUUUUUUAAUAACUUUGCUACGUGAAAAUAAUGCUAGUUAAAAAAUAUGGAGGUGCAUCAUUACAUCACUAAAAUGUGCACACAUUUGAUGCAAAAAAUGGUUUUAAAUUCGAUCGGUAUGUAGGGCGAGUUUGGAGGGCUUGCCACUUGAUCCCUGAGAAUGGAAUACCUUAUUUUUAAUGAGAUAGGACCUCCACAAAUUUUAACCACGCACACACAGACUGCUGCAUUUGCCAUAAUAAUUUUUAAUUGACUCACACACUCACUCACCCCCGCUGUCUCAAUCAGGGUUUGGCAAAAGGGUGGAUAAAUUGACAAAAAAAGACUGUCCAUUGGAGUUUUUUAACAAAUAAUAAAUGCCAAUUUUUUUGUAUUUCUUGCAAUUUUGCGUUUGUUAAGGUUUCUACAAUUUUAUUGAACAGUUUUAAGCAUCAAUUUUUACUUCAAAGUAAACUACUUACCAUACUUUUAUGAAUUUGCACAUUUUUGUAAAACGUGUGUGAAAAUAUCAAAAAUUUAUAGUGCUCAGCAAAAUACGGACUUUUCCUGCUUACUUUUUUCUGAAAAAAAAAAAAACACUCAUGGACAAAACUGCAAACCCUGAUCUCAAUCGGCUAAAAUUAAAUUUUUCCAUGAUAUAUCACUGGGCAUUCUCAAUCCUCAGGGAGAAUGUGGAUCACCAAAUGACAUUUUGAGGAAUGUGAUGUUCGGAACUAAUUAAAAAUAUGGUGCCAAUAUAUAUGCUUAAAUAUAAGAGCAGCUUUCACGAGAUUUAUAUAUUAUCUGUUGAUUCGUGGCCAUAGCAAGGAGUAUUAUUUAUAAACAUACACAAACUCAAACACCUAGCCAUACGAUUUAUCCAUUUUCUCUUUUUGCCAUACUUACAUAUAUAUUCAUUCUUUUGCUGCAAAUAGCUUUAAGAUAACAUUUAAACAUGAUGUGUCUCUUUCUCGUAAACUUUUACUCCCAGGGAGCCUCUAUUGGCUUGCUAGUUGAAUGUGUGUCACAAAAAAGGAACGAAUAGAAAAGAAGAAGGAAAACCAUGCCUAUUAAAAGGUUUUAUCUGAGAUGAACAGGAUAACGUCCAAAUUAGACAAUGAAAUUUUAGAGAUAAAUAUAUACUGAAGACAUAGACGAGUGUGCUAUUUUGGUGGAUUAAAUGCGCAACGGGACUAGUUAGCGAAUAUACUAGCAGCUUUUAGUGGCGCGCGGAUUUUAACAACAGACACACACACGCAUUUUUGUAACCCCCACACAUAAAACGCAGAUAACAACUGGACCAGGGCAGCCAUCGCAUGAUAUUAGUUGAGAAUCGUUCAGUUGAAGCUCGUAGGGAAUGGCUCAAUUUUGACACUAGACAACAAGCUGAAUACAAACGAAAUCCCUGGCUCAUGAAAUAUUAAAAUAUUGUUCUGACACAAAUGGUUACCACACAAGCAGACCCGGAUUGGCGCGUACACGUGUGCUCGUUUUUCUUUUGUGUAUAUUGUACAAAAUGUGCUAGAUUUUUUCUUUUUGUAUUUUCCUCCGCUGCACGAAUAGAUUAGCGAGUAAUAAAGAUUAAAGGACACAUAGGAUGUCGAAAUAAAUAUAAUUUAAUGUUCAGCUAAAAAUACUGAAAUUCAGAUCAGUGCCUUUGUAAUUUUUGGAAUCUGUGAUCGCCGCGCUAUGCUGUCAUGCGUCGGAAAAAGAGAGCUGCCAUAUUUUGACGUCAUCAGUGUCAUGGCCGCGUGAGGUUCAGGACUCGCCUUGAUUGUUUGGAUUAAAUAACAUAAACGUACCUAAGAAAAAACCCAACAAAUAUCACUUAACAAAUUCACGUAACCCUAAUUGAUAUAUUAGAGUGCCCAAAAGCUUUUUUAAUUAAACAAUUGGCAAAAAAAGCGAAACCUAUGCGGCCAUGACACUGAUGACUUCAAAAAAUGGCCGUCCUUUUUUGUCCAGCACUUGCUUGCUCGCGCAGAGGCCGAUUCCAAAGAAAUCCAAUAUGCCACCCUCUGAUUUCUAGAAUUUUCAGUGUCCCAUGAAAAAUUAUAUUUUGCGACAUGCUUGUCCUUUAAUAGACACAAAUAUAUUUGACUGCGAUUUUUGUAAAGAGAACAGCAGAGUGGAAAAUGACUGGUGGGGGUUCGGGUCUGUUUUCCGUUUGUGCGCAGUCACAAUGAACGUACAAGAUUUAAAGCGUCCUCUGUAACUAUUUAAGGCCUUAUUUAUUGAUGUUUCAACAAGAUUGACGUGAUGUUAAUGUUCAAUUUUGCGCCUCAGUUUGCAAGCACGGGCCAGGGAGCAAAACGGCCUUUAUAAUUGGCUAACUGUUUUUAUCUUGUUUGUUAAAAAAUAUUUUGCUCAAAACGUCCAUACUAAAGGUGCUACAAGGAGAGAGACGAAAACUAAAUUCGUCACGUGUUUCUGCUUUUAAAAAAUAAUAUAAUAUACUAAUUCCUGGCCGGUUUGCAAAUUAGGUGCAAAAUAUCGCAGCUAGAGAUAUUCUUAACUUCGGACGGGCUCGUUUUGCACGGCAGCUAACAACAAUUAAGUGCAAAAUGAGAUAUUUUAAUUUAUUUCUAUUUAAUAGUCAAUAAUGGACAUAAAAAGCAUUUAAUUUAUUUGAAUUCAUAAAACAUUGUCGUGCAUUGAAAUUAGAUCAAGAUUAGGCGAGGACUGUGUAUGUUUGCAGUUUGAUCUAGGCUGUCUCUGUCGCAGCAUGUAGUUAGACACAUUUUGGGCCUAUUCCCGUGGAUAUUAAUAUUGUAACAGAAAAUGAACGUGCAUAUAUAUUUAUUAAUGUUCGAUUUACAAAAAAAAAAUGUGAAAUAGCUCGCAGAUAAUUAUAUUACGGUAGAGAAUAAAGAAAAGAAUUGCUUUCUUGCCAACGAAGGCUGAAAAAUAAUUAAACAAUAACGCCACUUGAAUGAUAAAAAGCACUUGUUUAUGUUUUCAAUGCUGUGUAUGUGCAUUUCAAUAAUAACAAAAGCUCGAACAAUGUCAAGAAGCUACACUGCAUUUACUUGAAACUUAAUUGGACGUGUCUAAUUAAUUUACUUUCCCUUGACGAGAUUGAAUCUCCAGCUUUACUACUUGUUUCUCUUUUAUAGACUUAAUAAUACUGUUGAUAAUCAUAUGUGUCUACGGAAAUCGUUUUGCCUAGGACAUAAUUCAAAUAAUUAUUAACCAUGUCAAUGAAUCGACUCCUUUAAUUUAUUUGUAGCCACUUAACACCAUGUUAUGCCAAUUAAAUGUUCCCAUAAAUUUGCGGCAGUGUGUAGCAGUUUUUAGUUUUAAAGUCUCGAUAGCAGUUGCUAAAAUGUAUUUAUCUACUAAAAUAAAAGUUUUGUUGCAUAAAA